AUGGGAGUACGUGGUCUGACUGGCUUUAUAGCCCGCAAUGCUGAGAAAUAUUUGACACCCUACGAGCUGCAUGACACCAAUUUGUUAAUCGAUGGUGAUAACUUGGCCUGCAAUUUGUAUAAAGAUGCUACGGGUAUUAAUUCGGCCUUUGGAGGCGACUAUGAUAAUUUCUAUCGGGCAGUGGUGAACUUCUUUGUGGUGUUGGCCGAAUGCAACAUCAAACCCUAUGUCCUGAUGGACGGGGGCUAUGAACAACGUAAAUUGCGUACGGUGGGUAAACGUAUGCGCGGUAAGAUAUCGGUUAUAAAACGUAUAAAUCCCAAUGCUUCCAUUACGGUGUUCCCGCUAAUGAUGAAGGAGGUGUUUGUCGAUGCUGUAAGGGAUUGUAAUGUACCGGUGAUGCGUUGUGUUUUUGAGGCCGAUGAUGAAUUGGCCGCCUUGGGAAGGAAACUUAAUUGUCCAGUGUUGAGUUAUGAUUCCGAUUUCUAUAUCCAUAAUGUAAGAUAUAUCCCCCUGAUCACAUUGACUGUGAAGACCCAUACAAAAACCUAUAAAGAAAAGGAGGAUGAGGAUGGGGAUUCCGAAAGAAAAUUGCGUAAAACUGAGGCGAAGAAAUUGGAUAAACGUACAAGGAAUAAUCGUGUAAUGGAUACGAUUGUUGUGGACAACAAGGAGAGGAAGCAGCGCAAGGGGAAAUCGUAUAAAUACUUGGACUGCUGUAUGUAUCGUGUGGAGAAUCUAAUUGCCCGUGGAUCAUUGAGUAAAGAAAAAUUGCCCUUGUUUGCUGCCCUCUUGGGUAAUGAUUAUAUAUCGCGAUCGGCAUUUAAAAAUUUCUAUAUGUCGGGUAUGGUGAAAAUUGGUCGAGGCCGUAAACCAAAUCAUCAGCAGAGGCGUAUACGUCUCAUACUCAAAUGGCUGAAAGAUGAAACUUCCGAAUCGGCAAUGAAUAAAAUUAUGUCACGAUUACAAAAGAAUCAAAGACAAUCUUUAAUGGCCCAAGUGGAAGCAGCCAUAAGUGGUUAUUCCAAUGAGCAGUGCCGUUCAUAUGAUUUUUUCAAGAACCAUUAUGAACAUGUCUUUGAAGACUUUAUGGAGGGCAAUGAAGAUGACGUGGAGGACAGUGAAGAUGAUUCAAAUUAUGAAUUGGAGGAGGAAGACGAUGAAGAUUAUACAGAAGAGGAGGAAGAAGAAAAUGACAAUGAAGAAACCACUGCAAUUGUGGACAAUGAAGAAGAAGUGUCCGAAAUUGUGGAGGCCACUGAAGAGAAAUCCGAAAAUUCCGAGGAAUCGUCAGAAUCCGAUGAUGAUGGGGAGGAGAACGGAGAACAAGAUGAUACAAAUGAUAUAAUUUCCAAAUUUCCCCAAUGGUUCCUAGACAAAUUAUAUCCCGCCAAUUUACCGCGAUUUUUCGUAGAUCUAAUGCAUCUACGUAAAUAUAUAAAUAAUCCACAAAUUGAACAUUAUCCCUAUAAUGAUUGCAAUGAAAUUGCCGUGCCAAUAUUAACUCUGAUAUACUCCCUGCUAAAUAAUGUCAAAGGCGAGGAAUUUGAGGAGAGAGUCAAUGAAGAUGGCAGCAUAAGGCAUUUGUUUUAUACCUACUUGACCAGAGCUACUAGAGUAACGAAUAUACAAUAUGUUCAUGUGGAAAUUAAGGAGAAACCAAAAUAUGAAUUUGUACCGGAGAACCCCAAUCCAUUACUGUUCCAAACAGUUUUCGAACAAAAAAUGCCAGAAUUACAAAGUGCUGUACUGUUCCAGGAAAUUGAAAAAUUGCCCGAAGAUUUACGGUUAUAUUUCCUGGCAAUUGUCUAUUGGAUGCACAAGUCCCAACAUUGUGAUUUAAUACACCUACACGCUUUAAUAGUAUGUUUGGUGGUACUAAGGACCAUCGAUUCAAAAAUACCACCCGAACGAGACAUCAAAACUUUCAACAAACGUUUCGGUAAAAUAUUAAAAAAAGAACGGCAAGUACGAGAUAAAGAAGCUGCCGAGGGCAUAAAACGUACCAUACGAGAUGAUUUGAAAACUCUUCCCAUACCCGAACGUAUACAAUUUAUACCGAAAUCCGAUUGUUAUCUCGUACAAAAUGAACUGCUAAAACAUUUUCACAUGCAGGAGUUAUUCAAAAAGAAAUAUGAUUUAUUUUCAAGUACGGUAUUGCAUGCCUUUGCCGAGUUGCAAUCUGUUGUCUUCCAAUUACACUCACUCAGUGCAUUACUGGCAUUUCCCUAUCAAGCACCACAAAUGUGUCAACUCUAUUGUGGUACAUUUCUGUACAACCUUUACGAUUUGUUUCGCAAUCGUUUAGAUAUUGAAUAUUAUAUUCGUAAUUUCAUAUUUAAAGAUUCACAAAUGAUGUUUGAUUUCUAUAAAUUUUUAUGGCAAUGGUGUGAGCAGUUUAUACCCACAUGGAAGCGUACGGCGGAACAGCAAUCAACGAAAUCGGUUAAUAAGAAAAUCGCCAAAAAGAAACGUCAAUUGGAAAGAAAGAAAGCUGCACAAGAAGUAGCUGAAACGGUUGAUCCUUAUGCAGAUAUGCUAAGUAGUACGGGAGAAGGUGAAGAUGAAUUCAUCGAUUUAAAUAAUAAAUUUUGUACAAUGUUAAAAGUUAGCUAGUAAUUCAUAGAAUG